AAGCAAACCAAAAGCGCCUUCCUUUCCAUUUUCAAGUCAAUCAUUCAAGUAAAAUCCUCUCAAUUCCCAUUGCUAACAAAGAUGAAGCAAUCCCCCAACUCCACCUCCCAAACCCUCACCGCCCAGGAGUCCCGUCUCCUCGUCCGCGAAACGCUGCGUAUAAGCGCCAGCCUCGCCUCCAAUGCCGGCAUAAGUAGCACUGGCGGAGGCGUUACUGAAGGAGCCUCGAUUCCGUUGAUGGUUGAAAAUCGGAGGAUGGGACUGGUCGGUGACGAAUUCCGAGAUUCUAGUUUGAAAUUGAUUUGUUGCGAGGAAAUCGACGGCAGGAGAUGGAAGUACGUGGCCGAGAGAGAUUCCUUUGGGAAUUUCAAGAACAAUUCCAUGCGCGCUCUCACUUUGCACACCCCUCAGACACCUCUUGAUGAAUUGAUGUCAUUCGUACGAUCGUAUGUUGUACCGGAGGGUUUCCCUGACAGUGUUACUCCCUCAUACGUGCCAUACAUGACUUGGAGAGCGUUGAAGCAUUUCUUUGGUGGAGCAAUGGGGGUUUUCACGACUCAAACCCUCUUGAGCUCAGUUGGAAUCUCCAGAAAUAGAGCAACGCCUGGUGCUGUCGCAAUUAAUUGGAUUCUCAAGGAUGGUGCUGGACGUGUUGGUAAAAUGCUUUUUUCCCGACAAGGGAAAAAAUUUGAUUACGAUCUAAAACAGCUGCGGUUUACUGGUGACCUACUAAUGGAGCUGGGUGCUGGGGUAGAGUUGGCAACUGCAGCUGUGCCUCAUCUUUUUCUUCCUUUGGCUUGUGCUGCAAAUGUGUUAAAGAAUGUUGCUGCUGUAACAUCAACAUCAACUCGGACUCCAAUUUACAAAGCCUUUGCUAAAGGAGAAAACAUUGGAGAUGUCACUGCUAAAGGAGAAUGUGUUGGCAAUAUUGCAGAUCUGUUAGGAACUGGACUGAGCAUUCUUAUCUCGAAAAGAAACCCAUCCUUGGUUACCACGUUUUCUCUUCUUUCAUGUGGAUAUGUCUUCAGUUCUUACAGAGAGGUUAGCUCUGUAGUGUUGGACACAUUAAAUAGAGCGAGAUUCAGUGUGGCUGUAGAGUCCUUCCUAAAGACUGGACGAGUUCCCUCAUUGCAGGAGGGAAAUAUGCAGGAAACAAUAUUCACUCUUCCAUGGUUAAAGGACAGACCUGUUGUUCUUGGCUCAAGAUUUAGGGAUGCUUUCCAAGAUCCUGGUGCCUAUCUUGCAAUAGAACCUCUCUUUGAGAAAGAAAGAUAUAUAGUGACAUAUAAUCCUUCCAAGGGAAAAGUAUAUGCAUUGCUCAAGGAUCAAGCCAAGUCAGAUGACAUUCUAAAAGCUGCAUUCCACGCAAAUGUGCUCUUGCAUUUCAUUCAUUCAGCAAAUAAUCGUCAAUCUUCAUCUAUAAGCCAGCAAGAAGAUCUUGUGCCCACAACUACUGAUUUUGAGCCUCACGUUGCUGAAUCAUGUAAGAUGGUUUCAACAUCAUAUGGACAUUUCAAGAACAAAGCUGCAGAACAGGGUUGGAGGAUGUCAGAAUCACUUCUUAAUCCGGGUCGGGCUCGAUUGCAUUAAUGGGAUCAACAAGUUUCAAACUCUUCUGCUUAUUAUCCAAAAUCGGGUGUUGAGAUCCAAUUUCCGACCAUGCAUUACACUACAGUCUAAUAUACAGCAACCGGAAGAGCAUGUAUACAUGACGCAGGAGGUUCUGAAGUCGGAAUUGGCGCUAUACCGAAGAUGCCUCUUUGUGCAAACACCCGAUUUUCUGGCCUUGGGUCUCUUUUAUUUGUGGAAAAAAGCAUUUUCUGAAAAUAUAUAAUGGUGUAAUUCCAUCGUGUUUAAUAUUGUCAGAUAGUGUAGUGUGCAAACCAUACCAUUUACUGACUAAAUAACACACUAGUUUUGAUUGAA